AUGACCUUCACCUGCGCGCGCUGCAAAACCCGCAGCACGCACCGCGUCAGCAAGCAAGGCUACUACCACGGCACGGUGCUGAUAACGUGUCCGGGCUGCAAGAAUCGGCAUCUUAUCUCGGACCACUUGAAGAUUUUCUCAGAUAAGCGAGUUACGCUCGAGGACAUCAUGAAGGAGAAGGGGAAUCUGGUCAAAAGGGGGACUUUGGGCGAGGGAGAGGAGGGGGAUGUCGAGUUCUGGGAUGAUGGGACGAGGAUGGAGAGGGGGAGUGGUGGGCCGGAAGGGGCGGGAGGAGCGGAAGGGGAAGGGGCUGGGGGUGCACCGAGGGCUGGGAGGUGA